UCUGUCCAGGACUACUUACUCCGGUAUAAAACUGAGAGCAGAAAUAUGAUCACAUACUAAGAAGUCUAAUCAAUUCUGGUUUCAACACUGAGCCUCUUUAAAAUAGAUAAUGGAAUUGCUGUUCCUUGUUCUGUUUUCUCUGCACAUUCUCAAGACAGAGGCAGUAGAGAUUCUAGUUGCCUUCCUCCUCCAAGAAAAAUCAAUGAGGUUUGACUUGAUCUCUACAGUUAAUUAUAUAAGUCACUGGUGUUAUCAGUCACAGAAGUAUGAACAGCCACACUGUGAAGCUCCUCAACAAUGGCAUCUAAUAGACGUCACCUGCAAAGGAAACAAACAGUCACCUAUCAAUAUCGUCACCAAAAAUGUCGCUUAUGACAAGAACCUUAAGCCACUGAAUUUUGAAGGAUAUGAUGUGAAGGGGUCUUCAAAAUGGAACAUAGAAAAUAAUGGACACACAGUUCAAGUAACAUUAAGCACAUCCCCUAAAAUUGGAGGCGGAGGUCUGAGAAGAAAAUACAAAGCAGUACAAUUUCAUUUGCACUGGGGAAUCCAAGGUGUGCGGCAAUACCUUCCCGGGUCAGAGCACAGCAUAGAUGGAGAGAAAGAAGCCAUGGAGCUUCAUAUUGUCCACAUAAGAGAAGAUGUUUCGGAUAUAACAGAAGCAAAGAAAAUCGCAGAUGGCAUGGCUGUGUUAGCAUUCUUUAUAAAGGUUGAAGAAGAAAAUAAAAACUAUGCGACUCUAAUAAAUGAAUUAGAGAAUAUUAAAUACAAAGGGCAAACAGCACAGAUGGAGGCUUUGCCACUGAGUUCUCUCCUCCCACCCGAGGAAGACCUUGGAAGGUACUAUCGGUAUGAGGGCUCCCUCACCACUCCCGACUGCCACGAGGGUGUCAUCUGGACAGUAUUUGAGAAGCCAAUUGAGCUCAGUAUCUCCCAGAUUUCUCAGUUUUCAACAAUCCACUUUGAUGGGAAGAACUCAACUUCCAUGGCUGAAAAUUUCCGGCCUGCUCAGUUUCUGAACGGACGAAAGGUGUACUGGUCCAGUGCCAGCAUCCUCCUGCCUACUGCUAAGGUUUUAAUGUUGGUCCUGAUGCUUACGUACAUCCUGAGUUCUCUUUUCCAAUGAACACUUCUCACCUCAUUCAAGGUUCUGGGCUUUUUGGAGGGGUUUUUUUUGUUGCUGUUGUUGGUUCUUUCUAUCAAGUAGCCUCCCUAACUACCAACUCAUGAAUCGUAUCUCAAUACAGAAUUUAACCUUGUCCUCCUCCAGACACUAACCAAGGACUUCUGUUACUGCUCUUAUAUAAAAUGAAACCUAUUGCACUAAAUCACAAGAAUGCAAAGGAACUGUAAGAUAGAGCUAUGAAGGUUCACAUUUAAAAAAAAAAAUAAAGAAAGAAAACAUUAGGAUGGAUUAUCUGCAAGCCUGUAGUUUUAACACAACACUGGAAGGACACCCUACGAGCUAUACAGAGGACCUUCAAGAGGAAUCCAUUCUUAAGUGCCCAUGAAGGGGUUUGUUUGGAGGAUGUUUACAUUCAACACUGCAAAUCGGGAAGACAGUAACAUGUGGAGUAGUUCUUAUCAUCCCUACAUUGUCCUACGCGAGGGUACAAUACAGAGCAAAGACAAAAUGCUGACACACGAUUGAGCAAUGUCUGGGUCAUCCCAUCUAGUGAAGGAUAUGUGACAAGUUUCAUCUUUACUAACACAAUUUCUCCCUUCUUCCUUCAGAAUACCUAAAGUUAAUUUUUAGAUAAGGAUACUGGAUUCCAUUCAUCUAAUCUACUGAUUUUGGAUGUCUCUAUUAAGCCUGUUUACUCAGCCUAGUACAGCAUCCCUCUCUGGGAUGCCCACGGCCAAUACGACGUGCUAGAAAGGAAAAGGGGAGCUCAGCCACAUGUACCAGCUGCGCAUCUGUGGAAAUUCCCUCUCUUUGGAGGGCUGCAUUUGAAGCAUGAGACUUUGAUGAUCCUUUACAUUUUUUUGUUUGCCUAAUAAAAUGGGACAGCUCAAGAAAUGGCUCUUUCCAGUAUCACAUUUUAGAAGUUUUUAAAUGUCAGCUUAAACGUUUCAGUGUGAACAUUUCCUUUCUUUCUUUCUUUUCUUUUUUUUUUUUUUUUUAACAACAUCAUACCUGCAAUAUUCACAUUUAGUUAAGAUUCAUAGGUUUUCCACAAAGACUGUGAUUUGAAUUCAUUUCUUCAGAUCUUACCCAAUCACUUACAGAAAAGCUCAACAUACUGGGAAAUGGGAUUUCCUUAUAUUAUUCCAGUUCUCUCUCUGAAGACAGACAUAACAGUUUUCUUUGGCUAAUGCCAUAUAACUUGUUACAGCUUCUUUUAGAAUUUUAGAUUUUGGCCACACCAAAAUAGUAUUUCAUAUUAGUAGACUUCUUUAGGGCAAUGUUUGCACGUGCUAUAGCUAUAUGGCCAUUUUCGGGAAAAUCAUGGCAGUGAGACUAAGCCCAGCUCACCAAAGGAGAAAAAGCGGGGCGGGGAUUUUCAUAUUUAACAAUCAAUAAUAUAAGCUUAAAAAAAAUUUAUGGGAAAGCAAAUUCACCUUUUUAAGUUUAGAGGAAUGAUUAAGACUUUAACUGAAUUUUUAGAUAAAUGAAAAACUUUUGAGAAGGAAACAUAAAUGAAAGAUUAAAGUUGAACAGAGACCUAU